GCCGUUCACUAUCUCCGGACAAGCGUACAAGUGCCACUCCUGGAUUUACCAAAAGCGGUCGUACAAUGACGCUGAAGGAGCAAAGUAGUACGAUCGACCGUCUCUCGAAAGAAAACUUCGAUCUCAAGAUGAGAAUCCACUUCCUGAAUGAAGCUUUGAAUCGGCGUUCUGAGGAAGGUAUCAAGGAGAUGAUUUCCGAGAAUGUUGAGCUAAAAUCGGAUAAGUUGAAAUUGCAGAAAGAGAGCCAGAACCUGAAGCGCAAAGUUCGUGAACUUGAGAAACAGCUCAAGGACCAGCAAUCAGACAAAGAAUCCAUGGUCAAUCACGAUGCUGACGGCUCCGAGGAUGAAGAUCGAGACACAGCACAGGAUGAGGAGAUAUUGUUUCUGAGGGAAAGGAUGGAAACCUAUGAGCUAGAAAUUGAGAGGUUAAGGUCAGAAAACAUUGUGCGAGAGAGCGAGAAGAGAAGACUAGCUGAGAUGGUGAAAUCACUCAGCGAUGGAAGGGGCGACGGCAGGUCCAUGGGUUCGGAUGUGGGAGCAAGGGAGGAGAGAGUCAGUCCCCCACCAUUCUGCGAACAGCUUCUUCUGAGUCACCUUUGCUAAUGUUUCAUCAUAAAGGAUAUGUGGAAGGACAUGCUCGAAGCCGAGGCUGCAGCACGUGAGCAGGCCGAGGAGGAGAACAAGAGACUGCGGGAGGAGGCGCUGCGUCUGAGGACCGACAUGAUGAGCUUUCCACUGAUCACUGCGAGGCCCAGCCAACGAGAUCGGGUUGGAUCCGUUGCUUCAUACUCGGCCGCUUCUGAAAGGGAAUUCAUUCGCAAUGCAAAUACUGGGAGUUCUUCCAGUUCUACUCUGGUCAUGGAACUGGAGCUCCUGAAGCAGGAAAAUGCUGAGCUGAGAAAGGAAGU